GUCCUAAAAAUCAACUCCGUUUCCUCUCCAGAUCUCCUCGAGUUGACUUCCUCGUCACUGUUCCAGCAAGCGAGCAGUACAUCGAUUCGUUGAUGCUUCCCUUGGGGCAUUAACUGCGCACUAAUCCCCGUAAUUAAUCCCCUCUCCCAAGCCCCAAUCCGUCGCAAUCCUCCGCAUUCCCCACUCCCAAGCCACAAUUGCAAACCGCCAACGCAAGCCAGAGAGGCGUAACCCUCCCCCUCGUCUCCUCCGCUGCGAAGCCGCAGAUCUCGAGCUGCCAUUCGAUUGAUGAGGUAAGGGGGGUGCCGGCGCGAGAAGCGAGGUUGGCUGGCCGGCGGAGGGCGGGCUGUCGGUCGCGGGUGCGCCAGGAUGGGGCUGAUCUCGGGGAUGGUGAUGGGGAUGGUGGUCGGCGUCGCGCUUAUGGCCGGGUGGAGCCGUGUGAUGCAGCGGCGCAGCAGGAAGCGCAUCGCUAAGGCUGCGGAUAUCAAGGUCCUUGGGUCUCUCGGUAGGGACGAUCUCAAGAAGCUGUGCGGCGACAAUUUCCCCGAGUGGAUAUCCUUCCCGCAGUAUGAGCAGGUGAAAUGGCUGAACAAGCAUCUCAGCAAACUCUGGCCUUUCGUUGAUCAAGCUGCCACUGCAGUAGUCAAGGAAUCUGUUGAGCCACUGCUAGAUGAUUAUCGACCUCCAGGAAUAAAAUCUCUGAAGUUCAGCAAAUUCUCUCUUGGAACUGUUUCACCAAAGAUAGAAGGUAUUCGCAUUCAAAAUAUUCAGCCAGGCCAAAUCAUAAUGGAUAUAGAUCUUCGUUGGGGUGGUGAUCCAAGCAUAAUCCUUGCUGUUGAUGCUGUUGUUGCAUCACUUCCUAUUCAGCUCAAAGAUCUUCAAGUCUACACCAUUGUCCGUGUUGUAUUUCAACUAUCAGAGGAGAUCCCUUGCAUCUCUGCUGUUGUUGUUGCUCUUCUUGCAGAGCCAGAGCCGAAAAUACAAUACACUUUGAAGGCUAUUGGAGGAAGUCUGACCGCUGUUCCAGGACUCUCCGACAUGAUUGAUGACACUGUCAAUUCAAUUGUUUCUGACAUGCUCAAGUGGCCACACAGGCUUGUUGUUCCACUUGGUGUCAAUGUUGAUACAAGUGAGCUGGAGCUUAAACCUCAGGGAAGACUUACUGUUACUGUAGUAAAAGCAACUUCAUUGAAGAAUAAGGAGUUGAUUGGUAAAUCAGAUCCAUAUGUGAUACUAUAUGUGCGUCCAAUGUUCAAGGUCAAAACAAAAGUCAUAGAUGAUAACCUAAAUCCUGAAUGGAAUGAAACAUUCCCUCUGAUUGUUGAAGACAAAGAAACCCAGUCUGUCAUUUUUGAGGUAUAUGAUGAAGACAGACUUCAGCAAGACAAAAAGCUUGGUGUAGCUAAACUAGCAGUGAACAGUCUUCAACCUGAGGCUACCAGUGAAAUCACUUUGAAACUUCAGCAAUCACUAGAUUCUCUUAAAAUUAAGGACACCAAGGAUAGAGGAACAUUACAUCUUCAGGUCACAUAUCACCCAUUUUCAAAGGAAGAACAGAUGGAAGCCCUAGAGUCUGAAAAGAGAGCUAUCGAGGAGAGAAAGCGACUCAAGGAGGCUGGGGUUAUUGGUAGUACAAUGGAUGCUCUUGGUGGUGCUGCUUCACUAGUUGGUUCUGGUGUUGGACUUGUGGGCACUGGCAUUGUCGGCGGGGUUGGACUUGUUGGAUCAGGAAUUGGUGCUGGUGUUGGGCUUGUUGGUUCGGGUGUUGGGCUUGUUGGUUCGGGUAUUGGCGCUGUCGGCAGCGGCCUCGGUAAAGCUGGGAAAUUCAUGGGCAAGACUGUGGCCGGGCCUUUCAGUAUGUCCCGGAAGAACGGUAGCAGCUCAACUGCUCCCCAGGCUGAACAACCUUCUGCGUGACUUGAUGUACAGUGAUUGCAAUGGACAUCGCAUGUUCAGUUGCGUGUUAAUUCUGUUUGAUAUAAACUUGUGAUACCUAGAAUUAUAGGGUUGCAUACCAUGCAUUUCAGUGUUCUGGCACCGUCGGUGUCAAUUAUAUGACCAUCUGUUGCUUUUUUUUCUUCGUUCUGUUUUUACCUGAAGAUAAAUAGCAAGAUUAAACUGUAAAUUGGCAAGCUAGACAUAUCCAGAUCCUUUCUGGACAAUGCAAUGGUAUUGAAAUUUGUCGUUAUUAC